AUGCUCCCCAGCCGAACCCCACCACGAGACCCCUUUUUCCUCCAUCCCCAAGCUAAAGUACAACAAUACCCCCAUGAAAGCCAGCCCCGCAUCAAGCGCUGCCGACAGAACAUAGUUGUACCUCUGCCACCAACCCUUUCUGUAUCGGUUGAAAAUCGUCCCCACAACUAUCCAGCUGUUGUAGUUGACCGACGAGGCCGGUGGCAUCAUAGCCGUGGCCCCGAGCAAAACGGGUAUGUUGAUCAGCUUUAUCCAUCCCUGGCUCGGGAACAACUUGUGGAAACCCCACACCACAACUGGGCCCAAUGCCCCGAUAAGGAAACACCAGUUGAGGGCUCCGUAAUUCCCGAGCACCCCGAAAAUCCUCUUGGGCCCCACAAGCCCCCAUAUAACUGA